AUGUCCGCUACAGUAUAUGAGAGUCAGCUAACACUCUCGAGACCGUAUUUAACGAAAGAACAAAUAAAGAGAGCUCAGAAAAAUACCAUACCUGACCGUCGAACUUACAAUCAAAAAAGAAUAUCGGUUUUUAAGUUUCUAUGUGAUAUAUGCGUACAGUUAAAGUUCCCCAGGAAGACUCUGGAGGUUGCAAUGUAUUUUUAUCAACGAUAUUAUGUAUUCAAUAAAUUUGAAACGGAGAUGUGUUACGAUGUGGCAACAAGCUGCUUAUUUAUUAGUUGCAAACAGGUGGAGACCGUUAAGAAGGUUGGAGACCUCUGUUCUGCGUCAUUAAAGCUGAGGAAUUCUGCGAAGGUUACAUCUGAGAAGUUAGAGACUUAUAAAACAAGAAUUGUUCAAAUGGAGUUACGGAUACUAGAGACAUGUGCAUUCGAUCAUCGAAUCAAUAAUACAGUACAUAUCGACGAAUACAUUGUCAAAAUUGGGCGUGAAUUGUCUUUAGAUUAUAAUGUUUGCCAUUUGGCGUGGCUUAUAGCAUUUGAUGUUAUUAAAUUAGAACUUUUACUAAUUGUUCCACAACACACUAUUGCUCUGGCAGUUUUAAAGAUCGCGUGCGAACUGUUGGAAAACGUGCAAUGGCCGAACAUAAGAUAUAAUCUAUUUGAAAGUGAUGAAGACUCAGUUAAUGAAGCUUAUGUAUCAGUUAUAAACUUCUUCAUCAAUGUUUUUGAUAUAUGCGAUUUGAAGAACCAUCUACCAGAAAAUUUAACAUCGAUUAGCGUUGAAAGAUUCAUAAAAUUAAAGGCUAAAGUUGGAGAGGAUAAGGGCUUAAAGGAAAAUAUCUCGUCCAUAGAAAAGGAUAAAUAUCUUAUCGAAGAGCGGGAUUAUAAGAUACGUGAACGGAGAUAUGUUCUAGACAGGAAGAGAGUUGCCGAGGAAGCAAUGCCAGCAGGGCCCAGUGGGGCUAAACGAUCCAAAUAA